AUGUUCUUGCGUGCGACUUCACCUCUAUUGGAUAAAACGAUCUGCACAUUGCGUGAUGCUGUAGGUGUUGCUUGUGCCGCUGGCCUCUUGGGAGGUACACUAACCAAGACUGCUACACCAGGGGCAUCAUUAAGUGAGAGUGAAAGCGAGGAUCCUCAUCAUGUGUUUGCAUCGUUUUCGGUGGCGGACCCAUUAGGCACUCGGCAGCCAUCCUCUGUGAGUGGCAGCCGUAGUAACAAGAGUAAUGGCAAUCACAAUAACAGUAGCUGUAUCCAUAACGAGGUAGGAGAUCGGAUCCGUUUCGCAUCGUACUGUGUGGAAGGGCCUAGUGUUGCCGUUUCAUCGGCCGCUGCUUCCAUUGCACACAUUGAAGGUGUCGUGCGGCGUGUUGACUUUGGCCACGCCGUUGGGGCGGAGGGACGGCCGCUCCUGCAGUUCGUGCUGGACGUGGUGGAGGCCCCUCCCGGCCAAUUAGAAGAAAACGAUGAUGAUAAGAAGACGAAGAGAAAGGCGAGGGAAGGGGCGAUGGUGUUGCCGCUGGCGGUGUGGUGGCGGGCGGCGGGCGUUGAGGGGUCGACGGGGGCCGAAGAAGCGGCGCGGCGGCUCGUGGGGCGGCGAGUGGUCGCCAGCGGGCGGCUGCGGGUGGAGGAGCGCUACGAGGUCAGCAGCCGCACAACACACAAAGUCCCCGUGUUGAUGCUUCCGCCAACGCCAACCUUUGAGACUAGCGCUCUCGCUGUUCUCGCAGAUUGA